GGGAAGGAGCUCAUCAAUGAAAUCACCUGCUAGAGAAACUGGUUGGAAAGAAAACCUGCAGUGCUUCAUGUAUUAUAGAGGAAAUCAUGACAUGAUCAAAUGAUGACUUCCUCUUUCGGCUGCUAAUUGCUGUCAUUGCCAGGAGAGUCAAUAAGGCAAAUAUUAACCUAGACAGUAGCAAGGGGCUUGUUGUGCAAAGUGCAUUCACCUCUCAGCUUUUACUGGUCAUGUCCGAAGGGAGAAAUGGAACUGUCCGGAGUAAAUGAACUCCCCUAUGAGGAUUUUAUCAACAUCUUCGCCAACGUGGUGGAGAAAUGUCCCAUUGUGGCAGCAGCGGUGUGCUCCUCUCGGCCCUUUGGAAGCGUUGAUGCACUGGAGGCGGCUAUCGGUGACUUCAUUGAUGCGUUGCCUGAAUCUGGUAAAGAGGGCAUCCUCAGGUGCCACCCGGAUCUCGCGGGUCGGGACCUUCAGGCUGGCACCCUGACACAGGAGUCGUUGAAGGAGCAGGGAAAUGUCGGCUUGGACGUGCUGACCUCCGACGAGGCCUCCAGCAUGGCGCGGCUCAACGAGGACUACAAGAAGCGUUUCGGGUUCCCGUUUGUCAUCUGCGCUCGGAUGAACGACAAGCCAAACAUCUUCAGGGAGAUGCACGCUCGUAUGGCCAACCGGCUUGAGGUGGAGAGAAUGCGCGGCAUCGAGGAGGUGAAAAAAAUUUGUCACCUGCGUCUUCAGGACCUUGUGCACGCUGACGCUUGAAGAACUCGGGCUCACAGUGUAAAUGCUUUCAUUUCAAAAUCUUGUACUAAGGAGUCAUCUAAUAGUACUGUAAAAAAAUGCUUAUAUUAAA